AUGCACAGCCCUGCUCCUGAAAUUGUAGCAGGGUACUCAAGUGGAUGUGUGGUGGAUAAAGAUGCCAAUCCGGAGACAACCUUGGGGAGUGCCUACUCUCCGGUGGAUUACAUGAGCAUCACCAGCUUUCCCAGGCUGCCGGAGGAUGACAUGGUGUCUGGGGAAAACACCCUAAAAUCACGUAAAGAUGAUGACAAUGUCCUGAGUGAGCAAGAUACAGACCCGGAUCUGUUCUUGAAGUCAGCUCGCCUCCAGCGUCUCCCCUCCUCGGCUUCGGACCUGGCUAGCCAUGAUAUAGCAUCGCUGCAUGAGACCACCAGAGACCCCUUUACAGAAGACUGUGCCUGCCAGAGAGAUGGACUGACAGUCAUCAUCACAGCCUGUCUCACCUUUGCCACGGGAGUCACUGUAGCUCUCAUCAUGCAGAUCUACUUUGGAGACCCACAGGUCUUUAACCAAGGAGCAGUGGUGACAGAUGUGGCCCAAUGUACAUCUCUUGGCUUUGAUAUACUGGGCAAACAGGGGUCCAGUGUUGAUGCUGCCAUCACUGCUGCCCUCUGUUUGGGAAUUGUUCACCCUCACACUUCUGGUAUUGGAGGUGGUGGAGUUAUGUUGGUGCAUGACAUCCGUAAGAAUGUGACGAGGGUCAUUGACUUCAGAGAGACAGCACCGUCUGCCAUCCAAGAGGAGAUGCUGCAUAAAAACCUUAAUGUAAAUCCUGGCCUGCUGGUGGGAGUACCAGGCAUGCUCAGUGGGAUGCAUCAGGCACACCAGCUCUAUGGAAAAAUGCAGUGGAAGGAUGUGGUUACCAUGGCAGCAGAUGUGGCCAGAUAUGGAUUUAAUGUUACCCAUGACCUAGCUGAAGCUCUGGCUAAAGUCAAGGACCAAAACAUGUCUGUUGCAUUUCGGGAUUUGUUCCUCCCCAAUGGCCAGGCUCCCCUCGCUGGGCUGCUCACCAGACGCCUUGAUUUAGCAGCCAUCUUAGAUGCUGUCGCAGUUAAGGGGAUAUCAGAGUUCUACAGUGGAAACCUGACGCAGGAAAUGGCAGCAGCAGUGCACGCAAGGGGUGGAGUGCUCACAGAGGAUGACUUCGCAAACUACAGCACAGUCUUACAGCAACCAGCAGAGAUCACCUAUCAUGGACACCAUGUGAUGGCGGCCCCGGCCCCACAUGCUGGUGUUGCCUUGAUCACUGCUCUCAACAUCUUGGAAGGCUACAACAUUACCAGCCAGGUGCCCAGGAAUAGCACCUACCACUGGAUUGCAGAGGCUGUAAAGAUAGCUCUUGGCCUGGCUAGUGGGCUAGGAGACCCCAUGUAUGACACUUCUGUCUCAGAGGUUGUCGCCAAGAUGCUGAGUAAAUCACAGGCUUCCCUGCUCCGCCAGAUGAUCAACGACUCUCAAGCCUUCCCUGUCAGCCAUUACACUUCAUCAUUUACCUUAGAGAAAGGUGCAGCGGCUGCCCAAGUCAUGGUCAUGGGCCCAGAUGACCACAUUGUAUCGGUCAUGAGCUCUCUAAACAAACCAUUUGGCAGCGGGAUCGUGACUCCUUCAGGAAUCCUCUUGAAUAGCCAGAUCUUGGACUUCUCCUGGUCUAAUAAAACAAAGAACUCAUCACCUAACCCGCAUAAUAGCAUCCAGCCUGGGAAGAGGCCUAUGUCCUUCCUGAUGCCCACAGUGGUGAGGCCUGCUGUGGGGUUAUGUGGCACAUACGUAGCUGUUGGAUCUUCCAAUGGAGAGAAAGCUCUCAGUGGCAUCACACAGGUGCUGAUGAAUGUUUUGUCUUCACGUAAAAAUAUGAGUGACAGCUUAGCGUAUGGAAGACUCCAUCCACAGCUGCAGCCCAACACCCUCCUGGUGGACGCUGAGUUUCUAGAUGAAGACAUGGAGCUGCUGCAGGCUAAAGGUCACAAGGUGGAGAGGACAGAGGUCCUCUCAUUGGUGGAAGGCACCCGGAGAACCAAUGACCUCAUCAUUGGGGUGAAGGACCCACGUAGCGCUGAUGCCUCUGCCCUCACUAUGUCCAACAUGCCCUAGUGUACCCCUGCCCCCCCAUAUCACACAUUAUGAGGAAGGGGUAAGAGUAACAUUGUACGAUUGAUGGUUAGUGAGGGAGCAAGGAGGCUCUUCUUCCACUAAUGCGCUAGACUUCAGUUAAUGGCAAAGUACAGUUGUUUGACAGAAACAAAACUGUCAACAAAAAGACACGCAGCUUUGUGUGAGAUGACUUUGUAGGAAUCUGAUCUGAAUAGUUUUUUUCCUUUGCACACACAGAACUACAAAUGAUCACCAUCUUACAUACCGAUGUUAGUAUGACCUCUCUCACAGUGUCAACCGUCCCAGUGUAGACAGUGUUCAUUACUAUAAGUCACUAUAACCGGCAUUGCUAUAGUGUCCGAGUGUUUAAAAUCUGUCGGUCCCUUAAUGCCAUUAGUCUCCAUUGUAAAUUAUGCAGAGUAGGGCAUAAAGAUGCAAGGCAUGUUCAUAAAUUCAGAUCUGAUGCAUUCCAGUUCAAUUUAAAAGAAAGCAAUACGUUUAACAGGUUUAGCAUAGAUUUUCUUAGUGGCUGUGAGAAAAAUAAAAUGGAAGGUGUAAUGGCUUUUUAAGCUAUCUUGACAAAGUUGAGAGGCAGCUACUUUGUGGCCAGUGAUUUACUGUAUUUAAGAGUGUUACACGCUGAAUAUAGGAUCAGGAAAUUGAUGAUGGACAUCUUGAUUUGGUAUCAAAAUGUGCCAACAUGAAAAAAGUAAUGAUGCCACACCUGGACGCCACCAUUUACUACGCAUGCAUGGUCCUCAGUGCGUUCAACCCAACUUUCUGCUCUAAAAUUCUUCCACUGCAUUUCACCGAUAUUCUAAAUUACUCAUAAAAUCACAUGGAAUGAUGAAGGAAACUAUAUUUAAAUAUGUGAUUAAGCUUAAGUCUGUUCUGAAUUGCACACAGAGGCCGAACCAUUUACUGUCCUGCUCUUUAUAAGGUGUGUAACUAAUUGGAUGUUGUUUGGUACAGCUGCUGGAGAUUUAACUGUUGCGAACAGUGGCUCCUUGGGACUAUGUUAACACAUUAUUUAAGUACGUCAUACAGAAUUACAGUAGGAUCUUCGCAUCUCAAUUUAUUUGCCUUUUGAAUAAAAGGAUUUGCUUCAGUUUUACAGAUGUUAAAUAUUACUAAGAGGAGAAUACAUGUAUUUAAAUACUUAAUUUAAGAAUUUUUACUUGUUACAUGUUUUAGUUCUUAUCUAAAGCUUGUGGCUUAUUUUUUUAAUUUGGAGUGGGGAUACUUGUUUUAGAACGGGAAUAAUUUUAUUCUUUCCAGAUGGAUUGAAUGUAAUUUGUCUAUUUUUAUAUGGACAUUUGUUGAGAUGUGUACAUUAUUUCUACUGUUUUAACACAAUGCAUCCAAUCAGCAAAUUAAGUUGUGUUUUUGUGUACUAUUUUAGGUAGUAUAACUGAAGUAGGAACCAACGGUUUCUGUAAAGCUGUUACUUUGUAAAAGCAACUGAUCAAACAUGUCCUUAACCUUAUUCUAUCUGCUGUUGAGCAAUAGUGCAAUAUGACUGUUAAUGCUUGUGUCCUGUACUGUAGAGUACCAUGCCCAACAUUUGCACAACAUUUGAUGUUUUAUUUCAUUGUGCAUUUGCAUCUGGUUUUAUUAUUAUUAUUU